UGAGAUUGAAGAAGAGUUCUUGUUUUGUAUCUCAGUUUCUCUCUUUUUAGACAUUUUAAAAAUCCAUUUGUUAUAUCGUUGUCGUGCGCCAUGACGUGUAUUUGGACAUAUGCAGCUUAAAUAGGCCUACAUGUUUAGGACGAAAUUCGGUUGCGAAAUACCGGGCUGUUUGUAAAUAUUUAUUUAAAUAAUUUGUGUGAGGAGAGCAGGGUUUGACUGCUGCUCAAGUGAGUAAAACAGAGGAGGCCCAAGAUCCCCCUCACUGCAAGUUGGAUGGUGUUCAAAACAGCAGACACAGUGAAGGCUAAGAGCUGUCCAAGACUGAGCUGUCCACAGAGGGGAUCAAUGAUGGAAUUACAGAACCUCCAGGAGGCCCUGAAAGUGGAAAUACAGGUCCAUCAGAAACUUGUGGGCCAAAUGAAGCAGGAUCCACAGAAUGCUGAAUUGAAGAAGCAGCUCCAUGAGCUCCAAGCCAAGAUCACUGCUCUGAGUGAGAAGCAGAAAAAGGUGGUUGAGCAGCUGAGGAAAGAGCUGUUGCAGGACCAGACGGAGAGCCGAGCCCAGGCCCAGCACCCCCCACAGCCUGACGGGAAAGCGUCCACUCUGCCAUCAGCCCAGUUUCAGCCAGCUCUGCCCCCUCCCAACCUGAGCACCCCACAGACUACGGUGGCAGGCACACCGGUGAUCCCCAACAAAACUCUACCUCUGGUGCUGAAAGCUGCCACCCCCAGCAUGCCCACUUCUAUCGCAACACCACGGCCUUCUGUUGCCAUGGUUACCACCAUCAGCCACAUGCCCAAGCCCACUACACAGAGCUCAGAUCAGACACAGACCACACCUCUUGGCCUCCAGGCAACAGGCAAGCUGACCAGUCAGGGAACAGAGCCACUAAGGAUAGUCUCAAAGAAUGCUGUUGUUGUGCAGGCCACCACCCAGCCUAUCAAAGUUCCACAGUUUGUCCCUCCUCCCAGACUGACGCCUCGGCCCACCUUUCUACCACAGGUUCGACCUAGACCAGCCACGCCCGCCACCACAGUGCCCAUAGCUCCUGCCCCCACACCCACCUCCCUGACCCCAAUGCUGGCGGCUCCCCAGCUACUGCAGAGGCCCGUCAUGUUGGCAACAAAAUUCAGCGCUGGCUCCAUGCCCGCAGCCCCUGGCCCCAUCACGCAGCUCCGGAUCCUCAACGGCCAGUCCGGCGCCACCAUCACCAAGACCCUGACCACCACUCAGCUCACAGGCAUCGUCAUCACCACUCCGGCAACCAUUGCCCCCAUCCAACUGACCACAUCCCCUAUACAGCAGGCUAGCAUCAUCAGUGCUGAUGCUAAGGCUGAGAUCAUUCCGGAUGAAGCAGAGCCAAAUACCUCCCUGAGGGUGCCCACGUCCCCUUCUCCCGUCUCUGUGACGAUGCCUUCCCCUCCUCCUCCUCCCCCUCCCCCUCCCCCUCCCAAACAAGAGGAGAGUCCUGAGAAACUUGCCUUCAUGGUGUCCCUUGGUUUAGUAACCCAUGACCAUUUAGAGGAGAUUCAGAGUCGGAGGCAGGAGCGAAAGCGGCGCACCACAGCAAACCCAGUCUACAGUGGGGCUGUGUUUGAGCCUGAGCGCAAGAAGACAGCUGUGACCUACCUUAACACCCCUCUCCAUCAGGGCACCAGAAAGCGAGGUCGCCCUCCUAAAUACAGCAGUGUGUCGGAGUUGGGCCUUCAUCCCCCUGCCACCCCCACCGGCAGCCACUUGGCCCCUCAGGCCCCCAGGGGCCCCGACUCCGGGGGGCCUUCUUUACCCGUCCACCCACACACUCUUCCUCUGCCAAACCCCAGCUCUGGGGAUGGAGAUAUCCAUGAGGACUUCUGCACUGUGUGCAGACGCAGUGGUCAGUUGCUUAUGUGUGAUACAUGCUCACGUGUCUAUCAUCUGGACUGCCUGGAUCCACCCCUGAAAACCAUUCCCAAGGGCAUGUGGAUUUGCCCAAAAUGUCACGAUCAGAUGAUGAAGAAGGAAGAAGCAAUCCCAUGGCCUGGAACACUUGCCAUAGUCCAUUCAUAUAUUGCAUACAAAGCAGCAAAAGAGGAGGAGAAACAGAAACUGGUGAAAUGGAGUGAGGAUCUGAAGCAAGAAAGGGAGCAUCUGGAACAAAGAGUCAAACAACUGAGCAACUCAAUAACAAAAUGCAUGGAGACCAAGAACACAGUGCUUGCGCGGCAAAAGGAAAUGCAGGUGUCUCUGGAAAAAGUCAAAGGUCUGGUACGCCUCAUCCAAGGCAUCAGCCUCCCGCCCCUGCCUGACACACCAUCCAACCCCAACGGCAUCGCUAACGGUGAAACGGAGCAUCCAAGCUCCAAGCACACAAACUGUGGGAGCUUCAGUGACAACAUCAACGGCAACAGUAACAGCACGGACAUCUCAAAGAAUGACAACACAGAUGAGCGAGAGGAUCAAGAGAAGGAGGAUCUCAUCAACAGCACUGGCAACAGCAGUAACCUCAGCAAAGCCCCAGAGCCUCCUCAACCCCAGGCAAUACCCCCCAGACAUGUGGAGGGAGCCAAAUAACACCUAGCCAUUUAUGGACAACUGUGAUAUACCCAUCUAGGAAAACCCCUUCAGCACCUUAGUAAGGUGUCCAAAGUUGCCAAUCAAAGUACAGUUUCUUUUUUCAUCUUGUCAUUGAAAUGUCUGUGAGGAUGGGUGUUCCUGACUGCCAGUCAGGGAAACAGAGGGGUUUGUCCAGUACCAGCAGUAUGUCAUUUCAAGGUCUAAUAACGUCAGUGUAAAGGAUGAUCAUAAUGACUCUAAUGAACAAUGAUAGUAAUAAUAAUAGUAAUAAAGGUUUCAAACAUCACACCAACGUGUGCCUGCAACAGUCGCCGUAGCGCCUCUUUAUGGGGAUGGGUCCUUAGGGUGCAUUGGUCUGCAGUUCCGUAAAAAGGGAUGGAUGAGAGAUAUUUGAAUUCCCAUCUAAAGGUUCUUCACCAACCUCUCCACCAUUCUGAAACCAAAACCACAGCUCUGCAGCAGUCAUGGAGCAAGCAACUCCUCAGUGUAUUUCUCCCGUUUCUUUCAUUAUUGUGACAGUCUGACAAGCAUUUGUAAUUCUUACCACUGACUCACCAACUACAUCUCUCUCCUGUCAUCUAGUCAUCACGACAAACUCCCCGAAAUCUCAUGCUCCAAAAGGUCCCCAUUCCAAUAAUCUGAAGGCUAGGCGGAUUUCCGUCUGCAGCAGGGGUCAUUGAGUAUGUCAGAUACAUGCCAUAGUUUUUUUGGCCAGUGUUUUGGAUUUGUGUGGUCACAUGCCAAUGGACUUAAUUCUGGCCUUGGUUUGGAUUCUAUUCUUCAUCUUUUUUUACAUUCUAAAGCACUGCUGACAGACACUGUGCUCUUAAGGCAGUGGAAAUGAAUGGGUACAAGAGGUGAUGAGAAUUGAUGGUUGAAGAUGAUUUGGAUUAGUGCAGAUCUCAUCUCAGGCUUGUUAAACUCACACCCAACUGCUAAGCGAAGACCUUUCGCUGAAGAUGAGCAGGUUUAGUUAUCGAUAUAUAAAAAGUAUCUGUCAAAGUGCUACGGGCGUUUCGUUUUUGUUUUGUUUUGGGUUUUUUCUUUUUUUGGGGGGGGGACUUUUGCUCAAACAUUUGAAGUUAAAGGUAAAAAAAGAGAACAAUGAUUUACAUUAUUUUUUACAUAUGUGGGGGAAAUUAUUCAGGUCUUCCUAGUGUUGAAAUGUUAAGGUACAAAUCUUUACAAGUGCAUUUCUGUUUCAUAAAACAAUUAUUUCUAAUUAAAAUGGUAGGACUGGAAACAUUCUGUAAAUAUAUUUUCUUUAUUUUUUUAAGAUUAACUUUGCAUAUAAUUUGUUGAAUUCUCAACUGCCAAAUGUUUCUGAAUCCAAAUAUAGCAGGGAAAUGUCUUAAGUUCUUAAUGGAAUCUGAACAUAAUGUACCUAAAGGUUACAUGUGCAUAACCAAGAAAAUCUGUAACAGGUACUGCUUCUGUAAGACUUGACCCUAGGAGUGAAGAAGAAAUUAUAAUUAUCAGAGAGUACAGCUAUAAGAGAGGUGAAACCACUAUGGCUUGCUUGUGAAUGACCAUGCCUUUAUUAUGUGACCAUUUUGCCAUUUGCCAACUGCAGUCAGUGAUAUUCUGUCUCGUCCUAGCUGGCUUAUGGUGACAAAUAGAAAACUGUCCCAUUGAACUUCCUACAUUUCCACAUUAUGCACACUGGUCUCAAAUUUAUGAUCAAAUCAAUAUUAGUCAGGUGUUAUUAACACUGACGUAGCAUCUUAAGGGCUUUCUUUGUUGUUUUGGUUUCUCAGUUGCCGUGGUUUCUUAUCUUGAAAAGAGCAAUUAGGAUCCCUAUAAGCACAAGUGUGAUGGCUUGACGGUCACAUCAUAAUAUGCUGGUGUAGUACUCAAUCUGGAGUAUUGUUUUGUAUAUUCCCAUAUUGAAUGCAUCAAGAUCAAACUUUUGGACUCUCAUCUGGGGCCUAUGACCACCUCUUCAUAUUUAGAAAUGGUGUGGUGAAUACAGGACUACCAGAGCCUAAAAAAUAAUAAUUAUUUGUGAAUGGCAUUUGUUCUUAAUUUGUUGGGUUGUCUUAUGUAAAGGUCAUUACUGGUGGUUUCCCCAAUUACUUUCCUCAUAAUCUCUAUGUCUCAUCUCCUUAAUGACAGAAAAAGACUAUGUAUACUAGAGAGCACAAACUAUACUCAUGUUCUCCUGAUGGGUAGGUCUAGUACUUCUCACAGAGGUCAGCAGACAGGUGUGAGUUAGGACCAGUGUUGUUUUCAUGUAUUAUGUCUUGUGUUUAAUAUGUGCACUCUGCUGCGCUCCCCCGUUCUUUUUGGCCUUUAGUAGCAUUAGACAUCUCUUAUAUUGCGACUGCCUUAAGAAAUAAUGUUCAUAAUUCUUUCCAGAAGUGGUGUGUUUGGUUCAUGUACUGUUGGUCUUUACUUCUCAUUGUCUUAAAGAAUGUUUGUGUAUGGUGUAUCUCUUCAUCAAAAUAAUCUUCCUUUGCUUAAAAUAGAGAACAGAUUAUCAUAGGGAGAGGGAGGGCUGCGCAUAGGGACUGCCUGCUUUUGUUUUCUGAUGAAGUGUAGUGUGAGGUCAGUGCCUAAAUAUGUGUCCUUCUGUGGUUGAUUAUGGAGUGCCCUAUGUCGGUCUUGGGUGUGCUAAAGAGAAUAUUACAUUGAACGGUUACAGACAAGCCACAUUAUUUUUUCAUUCUGUUUCACUACAACUUUAUUUGUAAAUAUACUACAGCACUUUCAGAACCUUAUUAGUAUUAUUAUAUUAUUUUCAUAUCACCUUUGUACCAUUUGUAUUUAUUUCCGAAGUAAGACUUAAGUUACAAUCCCUUGUAGUGUGUUGUUUUGCGAACUGAUAUUAUUUUGACAUUUUGAUCUGAGUUGUAACAAAUAUAAAACUUACAGGCAACAAUUUCUGACUUUCAGAAAUAGCGCUGGUUAUUUGAAGCCAAGCAAGUUGCAACAGACAAAAUCAAAAGAUAUAUCUUUAUAUAAAAAUAUCAUUGUACGAUAUUAGAGGACUGUUGUUGUCAUCCUUUGCCUUUAAUAUUUUAUUUUGUAGGUUUUUAUUUAUUUGGCUUUUUACGUUAUCACUGCUUGAAAAUGCCAGGAUUGGUCAAUGUGCAUUUCAGCUUUGCUUAUGUGCUGCAGUUUAAAAUCACUGGUAACUCUGAAUCGGAAGUAUGUGACUUAUAUGAGACCAAUUUUUGAAGUGGCAUGUCAUGAACAUGGCAAAACAAAUAAAGGCCACCAUCCGGACCUUAAUAUAGUAUAUAGUAUAUUAACAUGAAACAUUAAAUAUUGGCUAUUGUGGAGUUUAGUCAUGCUAAAUCUAUUUCAGUCAUGCCUCAAGGCAAAUACUAUUGUGAAUGUCAGAUAUUUGUUAAACUCUUAUGGUGAAGUGCACCAUUUAAAUGCAGAAGUAUAUAUUUUCCCCAAACCCAGCAUACCCAAAGAAUAUGUCCAUGACCAUGACUCUGUUCUACAUACUCAGAUUCAUAACUCAUAACUUCUCACAUGAGUAUGCACCAGCAAAAUAACGGUAAUAAUGUUUGAUGACAGCUUGUAAUGGUUCUAUUUUCAUUUUCUAUAGCUACAAAGAUUGUGUUGUAAAUGAAAGAAGUGCCCAAAAUAUACAUAGAUUUCUCAUUAUACUGGAGAGGGGAAGAAGAUACAAAUUUUACCUCGACUAUUAUGUUGAAAAUUAGUUGCCCAUGUUUUGGAAUAAUGACUGGAGCAGAUACUCAAACCUUGCUUGAUGAAUAAUUAGGGUACUGCGCUGAAUCAGGAAAACAAUUCAGAUGAUUUGUUUGGCUGAGAAUGUGUUAAACAGUGUUAAAGUAGUUGAGCAUAUGGCUCUUUGCAUGUGUUUCAAAAGGUUCAAAAGCAAGAGUGGGUCAAACAAUAUGCUAUCUUAUGAUUGUGGCAUAUGUUUCUGCCAGUUCUAUAUUAAAUACACUUACGGGAUCUGCCCUAUGUUAAAGGAAGUUGAUGGAUAUCAAACCAUUAAAAUAGCUGUCAAAAGAUACAUGGCCCCCUGUGCAAGUAUACUUGUGUGCUGAAAGUGAGAUUUUCUGUUGUCUGUUUUUCCCCUGUUCACAACAGUGCAUUACAGUCUGCAGCAUAUGUUGUUUAUUGAACUGUUUUCUCAUAGGUAAUCUAAACACAACUGUGACCUUUCUUCUGCACCAACAGCAUUCAUAUCAAGACCUUUUGGUAAUAUUUAUUACCUUCUCCCACUGGAUGUUGUGGUAAGAGUUGUUUAUGGUAUGGUAAAAUUCUGGUACUUCCUCUUAGGUUAUGUUUGGUGUAGAGACACAAAAACAAGAAGAGGUAUGCUUGAUGUGCUGCAAACUUUGAAAAUUAUUUAUGACACAAUCUACAUAUUGUUAUCUACAUCUUGUAAAAAAGGUUAAUUGUAUUUUUCAUUGGGUUUUGAAUACUAUCACUUUUUAUUUUUACAGCAUAAAUGUUACCAACCCUUUGUCACAUUCUGUUGGCAUCCUGUGUUCUACCAGAUGUUUGUGAGUUUCUUUACCUCUGUCAUGUACUUGAGCCUCUGUUGUGAUAAAUUAUUUGAAUGCAGUGUUUACCUGACGUUCUAGCAGAGCAUCAAAAGAAGUGGAGAUUUUAGGAGCAUUUGAUCAAUUUGUAUUUAUUUAUUUUACCAUUUUUGCAAUUAAAAUGACAAAGCAAUGCUUUGUGCUCUUA